CAAAGCUCUGUAGGAAUCCAGAAAAUUUGGGAUUUUUCAUGGAGGAUUGCUCAAGAACUGGCUUUCACGAUUUGAAUGUGGCGUCACGAAAAGCUGAAGAAGCGGCUUGGAGACGUUAUGAAGCCGCAGAGUGGCUUGAAAGGGAAGUGGGCCCGCUCGGCAUAUCCAAUCAGCCGUCGGAGAGAGAAUUCAUUUCUUGCUUAAGAAAUGGUCUCGUUCUCUGCAACGCAAUCAACAAGAUUCAUGCAGGAGCCGUCCCCAAGGUUGUGGAUUGUCAAAUGCCCUUGCAAUCGGUUGCUAGGGAUUUCCAGCCUUUGCCUGCCUACCAGUACUUCGAAAAUGUAAGAAAUUUUCUGGUUGCAGCAGAAGAAUUAAAGCUUCCACCCUUUGAGGCUUCUGAUCUUGAACGGGAUGCUGUAGACGUGGGAUCAGUAUCUAAGGUUGUCGAUUGCGUUUUAGCGCUUAAAUCGCAUCAAGAGUGGAAGGGGACAAAUACUGAGAAUGGAAGUAACAGGCACUUAAGAUCUCCUUUUUUAAUGCACUCUGCCAGUAGAAUGUAUCCAAGACCCUCAGCUGCAAUCUCUUCGGAUGCCUGUAGGCGCCUGGAUUUGUCAGCCACGUCAGAUAAAGAGCAUUCUCUCGAGGGUGAUUUUCAGAAACCAGAAGGCAAAAUUGUGGAAUCAAUUGUUAAGCUAUUGGUUGACUGUAUGGUUGACGCCAAGGAAAAUAUUGACGGCAACCUUGUUGCUUCUAUUCGUAAUGCCCAACAGGAUCCAAUUAAGCUAUUUAGUGGGAUCAUGUCAACUUGUGUUGGGGAUCAGCUCCAAGCCAAGUUCCCCGAGUUAGCAUUGCUGCUGAAGGGUUUUACAAAAGAAAGGAGCACUUUAAGUAAUUCAACAUCCACAGUGUCAGAUGAAUCUACACCUCAAAAUUUUAAGUGUUGCAGAGGCUGCACUACUAAGUGCACUUGCAGCCAGAAGCAUCUCUUUGACCAGCAGGAAAAAGAACUUGUGGAUCUCAAAGCUCUGCUGUCGAAAACUAAGAAUGAGUUUGAAGAGAUGAAGUCCCAGUUUCAAAGAGAUCUGAAUUACCUAGGCUGCCAGGUACUGGAAAUGUCCACUGCUGCAUGUGGAUAUUACAAGGUGGUGAAGGAGAACAGCAAGUUAUAUAAUAUGGUCCAAGAUCUGAAAGGUAAUAUUCGAGUUUACUGCAGAAUUAGGCCAUCCUCCUGUGCUGAGUCCAAGAAUGUUAUAGAGUUCAUUGGAAAGGAUGGUUCUCUAGUCCUAUUAGAUCCAUCAAAAACACAAAAAGAUGGAAGGAAAGUUUUUCAGUUUAAUCGGGUUUUUGGACCAUCGGCUGGCCAAGGUGAAAUAUACACGGACACUCGACCACUAAUUAGAUCUGUGAUAGAUGGAUAUAACGUUUGCAUAUUUGCUUAUGGACAAACUGGAUCUGGGAAGACAUAUACCAUGAGUGGGCCAUCAGGUGGAUCUUCUAAAGAUAUGGGGAUUAAUUAUCUUGCAUUAAAUGAUCUUUUCCAGAUGUCUAACCAGCGAAAGGACAUUAUAACUUACGACAUUUACGUUCAAAUGGUUGAGAUUUACAAUGAGCAAGUAAGAGACUUGCUUUUCGUUUCUUUAACGUACCACAAAUUAGAGAUACGAAGUUGUAAUGACAAUGGCUUGAACCUUCCGGAUGCUACAUUGCGUUCUGUAAAAUCUACACAUGAUGUAUUGAGCCUCAUGAAACUUGGUGAGGUUAACCGAGCUGUUAGUUCCACUUCCAUCAACAACCGGAGUAGUCGUUCCCACAGUGUUCUCACCGUGCAUGUUCAUGGCAAAGAUAUCUCUGGGAGCUCCAUUCGUGGUUGCUUGCAUUUGAUAGACCUUGCUGGAAGUGAGCGAGUGGAGAAGUCUGAAGUUACAGGGGAAAGACUAAAAGAAGCACAAUUCAUCAACAAGUCUCUUUCCUGUUUGGGGGAUGUGAUCACAGCCCUGGCUCAAAGAAACUCUCACAUCCCUUACCGGAAUAGUAAACUCACCCUUCUGUUGCAGGAUUCCUUAGGUGGGCAAGCCAAAACAUUGAUGUUUGCUCAUGUGAGUCCUGAAGAAGAGUCCUUUGGCGAAACAAUCAGCACUCUAAAGUUUGCUCAGCGAGUUUCCACUGUGGAACUUGGAGCAGCUCGAUCGAAUAGAGAAAGUAGGGAGGUUAUGCAACUUAAGGAACAGGUUGAGAACCUUAAGAUGGCAUUGUCGAACAAGGAAGCACAGAGAGUACAGUUAAGUAGGACUAAAGAACCAAGGACUCCAUCUGAGAAAACUCCAUUGCGCCUUAGAAGACUUAGCAUUGAGAACUGUAGCGCCACAAGGAAUGACAACACUUCUAUGAAGCCUGACGAUAAAAGUGGAAUGAAAUCACCUUCUUUUAUGCCUCGUUCAAGAAGAUUGAGCUUGGAAGGUUCAAAAAGCAUAAUCAAGAAGGGCACUGUACAGCCAAAAGAUGUUACUGACGUAGACCAAUCUUUACAGUUGGAUUCAGUAUCUCAACAGAAAAACCGUUCUCUGCGAGAUGCUGAUCCAGCGCCAAAACUAGUCGGGCAUUUCAGUAGUAGCAGUUCCAAGUUAGAGUUGCACACUAAAGCUCCUCGAAGUCCUACAAGCAUUAAAUAUCAGAAGAAGGUGAUCAAAAUAGAUUGUGCAGCUCAAGUUCAUCCACUUAAACUACCUGAGACACCUGAAACACAAGGGUUUGAUAAGACUGAAACAUAUAAAGCUGUAUGGAGCGAUGUUGCGGUUUCCAUGGAUUUCCAGACACCAAAUGUGGUUAGCAGCACAAAUGGCAAAGGUUCCCAAAUAAGGAAAUCCUUACGGACCAUAGGAAAACUCAUUAAUGGACCAGAUAAGAGGAGCCAACAAAAUAUGGUGGAAGUGAAGUCACCCAUGAAGAGCAAUACUAACAUAAUUGAAGCAAAAUCACCACCAAGUUCUGUUGCGAGAACAAAAAGGAGACAAUCUCUAACGGGGAUUCAAGCACCUGGCACUGAAAACUCCCGUAGAUCUUCUCUUGGAGGGAAGUCUGUGGUCUCCAGCGAUAAGGAGCACAGAAACACGAAAACGCCUCCUACAAUGCGAUCAGCCACCAAGAGUGGGAAACGGUGGCUAUAGA